AUGGCCAUGCGCUUUGACAACCAGUGCGACGGCCUCGCCGCCGACACGCGAUCGAGCUCGCUCGUUGCUGAUAAGAAGGGCCACUCCAUGGCAGCUUCGCCCGAAGCAGAUGACGCCAACCAAGACGACGACGACGUCGAGGCGACGCAUGUCGAGUACGAUGACGACGACGAGUACACGUCCGAAGAUGGCGACGACGACGAUGCUGAUGAUGGCCUUGAAGGCAAGGACUUUGCCAUGUUCAAGGUGCUGGUCGUGGGCAUGGCGAAGAGCGGGAAGACGAGCCUCAUUCGCCGCUUCGUGCAUGGCACGUUCGCCGACAUUUACAAGACGACGGUCGGCGCCGACUACAGCGACAAGACGAUCGCAAUCGACGAUACCUUGGACGUGUGCCUCCAGAUCUGGGACAUUGCCGGCCAAGACCGGUUCGCGCACCUCACGCGGCGGUACUUUGCCGCCGCCGACGCCGCGGUCAUUGUGUGCGACAUCACGAGCGAGCCGACGAUCGCCGCGGUCGUCGACUGGAAGCGCGAGCUCGACACGUGCUGCGGGGUGCAAGGAACGUCGACGCCCUUUCCCGUCUUGCUCGUCGCCAACAAGUGCGAUCUGCUUCUCGACGUGCCCCAAGCGCUCGAGUCGGGCGUUGCCAUUCAAAAGAUGGUCACGACCACCGGCAUUGAAGACUGGUUCCGCGUCUCUGCCAAGAGCGGCGAAAAGGUCGACGAGGCAAUGGAUCUUCUCGUCAAGCGCAUGGUGGAGCGCCAUCGCGCCAAGCAAGCCAGCGAAGAGGAGCACGAAGCUGCGAUUGAAGACAAGCUCGCCGCCGUGAGCAGUAGUGACAUCAUCCGCCUCGAUGCCGCAUCGACGGGUGCUCCACCGCCGUUCAGCAGCGGUCGUUGCGACUGCAAUUAGCCGCAUCCUUUGUUGCGCCUCCUCCUAUACGUCUCCCUCGUAUGUCGUGUCCACCAAUAAUUACAUCCUCUUGACACUCCA